AUGGAGACCACAGCCUAUAAUGGAUCAGGGGACUCCCUGACUGUCUUCUAUCUAACCUGAAAACCUUCUCUUAAAAAAAAAAUCUCCCUUCCUUUCUUCUUUGUGUUUCUCCUCUUCUACCUGCUCAUCCUGGUGGGGAAUGUCCUGAUCCUGGUGGCGGUGGUCACAGCCCCAUCUCCACAAGCCCUGGACUUCUUUCUGAUCAGUCUCUCAGCCCUGGACAUCCCUUUCAAGCUGCUGUCUCUAUUCCUGCUGGGCGAUCACUUCCUCACCUUCCCUCCCUGCUCACUGCACAUGCAUCUGCCCCAGAGCUUUACGUGCUCAGAAGCCGUCAUGUUGGUGGUCAUGGCCCACAACCGCUACAUGGCCAUCUGUCGCCCUCUGCAGUGCCCUGUCCACAUGACCCCGCAGACCAACGCUGCACUGGUGGCCAGUGCCUGGCUCACUGCCCUCCUCCGACCCAUCCCAGCAGUCAUGAAGACCUCUCAGAUGGCAUGUAACAACACUGCCUGCCUCUGCUACUGCUUCUGUGGCCAGCUGGCUCCGGCCCAGUCCUCCUGCUGCGACACCACCCCUCAGGCCCUCGUGGGUUUCUGUGUCACCGUGGUAGUGUCCUUCCUCGCCCUCCUCCUGGUGCUUCUCUCUUAUGUCCACAUCCUGGCCUCGGUGCUUCGCGUCAGCUCCGGAGAAGGACGGUCCAAAACCUUCUCCGCCUGCAGCUCACGCGCCCUGGUGGUGAACACCUAGGACUCAUCCACUGCCAUAGCCUAUGUGUCCUACAGGGCUGAGCUGCCCCUCGACUUCCACGAUGGAAAUGGGGUGUAUGCUAUUCUCAUACCAACCCUUAGUCCUCUCAUUUAGACGCUGAGAAACAAGGAUAUCAAGGCAGCUAUCAAAAUGGCAUGUCACCAGAUGCCAAAGAACAUUGAGAAACCCUGA